AUGAAAUUUCAUUUUCUCGGCGGAACGGAUUGUCCCGAUUGGCUGCUCAACCAAAUUUGCCGCAAUUUCGCCCAAUUUACAGUCUUGCGAUUUCGCACGUUGUGCGCACAAGCCGUCGAGCUUCAGUUGAGAUAUCAAAUCAAUGAAGAAGCAUUGCGAAAAUUCUACGAGGAGAAUAUGGAUAUGCAAAACGUGCACAACUCCAUUAAACUCAUCGGCGAAUGGUUGCUGUUGAAGCCAGCCGGCUUCAAGUGCUCCGCUGACGAUCUGCAAGCGGAAAUGGUGCAAUUAGGUUUGCCAUUAGAGCACGCCGAAAUGUUGGGGAAGAUUUAUAAUCAAUAUCGCGAUGAAAUGGAGAAGAAGGCCGCGGAGAGCGUGUUCCGAGAGCCCGCGGCGAUGGUUGUCGACAAAACAGACGACGGCAUUUCGCUCGAAUCUCUUGGCAAAAUCACCAAAAUCACAAUGAGCAAGAAGCAAAUGAACGAGUUGACGCAAGAAAUGCUCGACGCGCACAAAACAUUACGAGAACUAGUGAUAAAGUCGAAAUAA